CUCUCUCACACACAUAUGGCUGACUUGAUUUGAGAUCUGUUUCACGCAUUCUGGCAGCAAAUCAGCAUCCUCAUUGCUCCCUUUUAUUAUCUGAAAAUCUCCUUUGACCUCACUCGCCCACCCACCGAAAUCUCUCUUCCUUUCCACACUAUCUAAGUAACCUAUCAAUUACUCAUCACAUUACCUUUUUUUCCACCUCUUUCAUAAACACUGCUGCAAAAAACCACACCUUUUGCAUCACGGAUCUACGCCGCUCUCAGCCUUAGCUCAUCACGAAUUGGAGCUUUUUUCUGUGUGUGGUUCGAGUUCAGUUGGGAUCAUGUUCAAGCAAUCACCUCGUAGAAACCAGAGGAAUAAAGGGAUCAAAGUGAAGCAUGUAUUGCAGAUAAGUCUGCUUCUUGGAGUUGGGAUCUGGUUGCUUUACCAGGUGCAGCAAUCUCGCACUAAGAAGCUGUCUCUAGAAACCGCCGAUGUUUCAGGAAAGAUACAGGAUGGGGCCGAUAAUAUCAAACUAGGGCGGAAGGAUCUCCAACCGAGGAUAGAUGGUGAGGAUCAGUCGGAGGAACAAGAGCAGUUUGAUGAUGAAAACAAGCCAGAUGACCGUUGGCAGGAGAAGGAGAAGCCAGCAGGAGAGAGUGAGAGUGAAGGUGAUGGAAAUGACGGAGCAGGGGAUAGUAGGAGUGAUGGUGAGGAGAAGGAAGUGAAGGGAAGUGAAGAGAAUGAGAAUGGCGAAGGUGAUGUCAAAGAAAAUGGGGACAGCGCUGAAAAUGGAAGUGUGAGUAAUGAGGAGAAAGACAAUGGUGGUAGUGAAGGGGAUAUAAAAGAGUUUACGAGUGAAAAGAAAUUGGAGGAGAAUGAGAGCUCAACUGAAGGAAUUACGGAGAAUGUGAGUCUGGAAAAGAGUGAAGAUACGACACAGCAGGACAACAGCGAGGAGGAGAACAAAACUGAUGAAACUGCAGGACAGAAUGAGAGUGAGGAGAACAAAAAUGAAGAGACUGCAGGGAAGAAUGAGAGCACAGAAAAUAAGGGUGGAGAAACAACGGGGCAAAAUGAGAGCACAGAGAAUAAGGGUGAGGAAACAACGGGACAGAAUGAGAGCAGUGAGAAUAAGGGUGAGGAAACAACGGGACAGAAUGAGAGCAGUGAGAAUAAGGGUGAGGAAACAACGGGACAGAAUGAGAGCAGUGAGAACAAGAGUGAGGAAACAACGGGGCAGAACGAGAGUGGUGAGAAUAAGAGUGAGGAAACCACGGGACAGAAUGAGAGCACCGAGAAAAAGAGCGAAGAAACCAAGGGACAGAAUGAGAACAGCAAUAAGAGUGAGGAAACGACGGGGCAGAAUGAGAACAGUGAGAAUAAGAGUGAAGAAACAACAGGACAGAAUGAGAGCAGUGAGAAUAAGACUGAGGAAACAACAGGGCAGAAUGAGAGCAGUGAGAACAAGGCUGAGGAAACAACAGGGCAGAAUGAGAGCACCGAGAACAAGACUGAGGAAACAACAGGGCAGAAUGAGAGCACCGAGAACAAGACUGAGGAAACUACAGGCCAGAAUGAGAGCAGCGAGAAAAAGAGUGAAGAAGCCGAUGGACAGAAUGAGAACACCAAUAAGAGUGAGGAAACAACGGGGCAGAAUGAGAGCAGUGAGAACAAGACUGAGGAAACGACAGGACAGAAUGAGAGCACCGAGAAUAAGACUGAGGAAUCAACCGGGCAGAAUGUAAGCACUGAGAACAAGACCGAGGAAACGACAGGGCAGAAUGAGAGCGCCGAGAACAAGACUGAGGAAACAACAGGGCAUAAUGAGAGCACCGAGAACAAGACAGAGGAAACGACAGGGCAGAAUGAGAGCACCGAGAACAAGACUGAUGAAACGACAGGGCAGAAUGAGAGCACCGAAAACAAGACUGAGGAAACGUCAGGCCAGAAUGAGAGCACCGAGAACAAGGCUGAGGAAACGACGGGGCAGAAUGAGAGCACAGAGAAGAAAGCUGAGGAAACAAGCAAUGAUAAUGAGAAGAAAGAGACAACCAGUGAAGGGCAGAAUGAGAACAAAAGUGAAGAGGGUGAGGGUGUGGGUUCAAAUGAGACUCCUAACACCACUGAAAGCAAUUCUGGAGAGAGUGGUAGUACCACUUCGUACAACGACAGCAAUGGCAGCGAUGCUGCUGGUGAAAGCAAAUCAUCUACACUUCCUCAAGAAGACAAAGAGGCUAAUACGAACAUUGACGCCCUUCCACAAGGUGGAGAAUCCAACAACCAUGAGGCCACCGCGUAAGGCCACUGCCAUGUGAUGUUAGUUUGUACUUGACAAGUCUUCUUCUUUGUUGGUUUAGAUUCUUUUUCCUCUUUACUUUGUUAUAUAUAUUGCAAAAGCAAUGCUUGUACUGUUUGUAUCAUUACUUACUGCUGAGACUUAUCAAGCAGCAUGCUGUAUCCAAGUUUUUUUGCUCA